GUUUUUCAAUCUCCCUAGUACAGUGAAGAGGGAAGUAUUGGCUACCGCAGAAGACUUUGAAGGUUAUGAUGCUGGUGGAGAACUACUCUAUAGGAGCGAGGAGACGGAUGAGUAUUUACAGCAGACUAGAGGGCAGGCCGACGCCAAGGAAUCCUACCAGAUAUGGCCAUCCACCUCCAGUUACCCAGGGUCCACUCGAUCAGGUCCAAGCAAAUGGCCGAGACUGCCACCUGGAUUUCGUGAUAAAUAUAUGGCCUACUACAGGGAGAUGGAGCGAUUAACGAGUCUUAUUUAUAAAGUCCUCGCCAUAGCACUCGGGAAGGACCCUUGUUUCUUCAACGAUAUGAAUCAUAACCAUUUGGCAGUCCUACGCCUGCUAUGCUACAAGGAGGAGCCGACUGUACCCCAAGGAGGUGUGCGAUGCUCGGUCCAUAGUGAUUGGGGUCCGUUAACCCUCCUUCGUCAAGCUAAUAGCGAUGCUUGUGGGAUGUAUCUACAGAUAGUUGGACCAUCGAAUGACUGGAUAGAUGUGAAGACUAGUGGUGAUGAAAUACUAGUGAAUACCGGUGAUAUGAUGGAUUAUUGGACCAAUCAUAGGUGGAGAGCCAUCAAGCAUCGUGUCAUCCAGCCAGAAGGUCCCCUUGUAGAGCCACGUUAUAGUUUCGCCUACUUUCAUUCCUUCAACGCCGACUCAAUGGCUGACCCACAUGACUUCGAUGCUGAUGCAUUAAGUCGCCCCGUUAACCAAUGGGAAUAUGUUGUACAGAAAAAGACUAAUUCGAUAGUUGGUGAUGCUUAUUGA